UGAUAUUUCUUUCAAAAUGGCUGCGCCCAUCAUAACACAAAUGUGAGAAAUUGUAACAUGGCUCAAAACUUGGUACAGUAUAUAGUCGUCCGGAAGGAUCUGUUAAAAUCCGGAUGGCCGACAGGUGCCCUUAUUACACAGGCUUGUCACGCCUGUGUUGCUGUCAUACAUCAGUUUUACGACAAGGAAGACACCAAGAAAUACCUCAACGAUAUAGACCGAAUGCAUAAAGUAACAUUAGAAGCAACAGAUGAAGAGAGUAUUGUAAAGCUGUCAGAAACAUUGGCCAGUAAAGGGAUUGAGCAUAAACUUUGGAUAGAACAGCCAGAAAAUACACCGACAUGUGUAGCAACAAGACCUUACAUAAAGGAAAACAUUCAAGAACAUUUUAAAAAGUUCAAAUUAUUCUAAUCAUGAUACUAGUUUCUUAUGAAUUCUAUUAUAAACUUUACACCUAUAAUCCUGUGUAAUAAAUUGAGAUUACACAGA